AUGUCACUUCUUCAGUCAAUCUUUCGUCUGCGCAGUGAGGAGAACAUUCAGGAAAAGUACUCCCCGCAAUCUACCAUCAAAGCAGAGGAUCCUCGGUGCUCGGCACUUUAUGCAUUCAACGGUGCAUCGGCUCUGCAUAAUCGGCGUCCAGAUCUUGCUUUCGACUUGAGCGCGAACUUUCAGGAACAGUGUGCGACGAAUUUGUCACCGAUGCUGUCGACGGAGAAGUCUGAAACCAUCACAGGCAAGUCAGCAGAUGGCAAAGAGAUGAAUGUGAUCCCAAAAGGAGGCAGCCACAAGGGCAGAGCCGAGGUGCUCAAGAAUUUCAACCAGCGCUAUGAGCUCUACAGCCGCUUGAUGGCCUGA